AGAGAGAGAGAGAGAGAGAGAGAGAGACAGAGAGAGAGAGAGAGAGAGAGAGAGAGAGAGAGAGAGAGAGAGAGAGACAGAGAGAGAGAGAGAGAGAGAGAGAGAGAGAGAGAGAGAGAGAGAGAGAGAGAGAGAGAGAGAGAGAGAGAGAGAGAGAGAGAGAAGAGAGAGAGAGAGAGAGAGAGAGAGAGAGAGAGAGAGAGAGAGAGAGAGAGAGAGAGAGAGAGAGAGAGAGAGAGAGAGAGAGAGAGAGAGAGAGAGAGAGAGAGAGAGAGAGAGAGAGACAGAGAGAGAGAGAGAGAGAGAGAGAGAGAGAGAGAGAGAGAGAGAGAGAGAGAGAGAGAGAGAGAGAGAGAGAGAGAGAGAGAGAGAGAGAGAGAGAGAGAGAGAGAGAGAGAGAGACAGAGAGAGAGAGAGACAGAGAGAGAGAGAGAGAGAGAGAGAGAGAGAGAGAGAGAGAGAGAGAGAGAGAGAGAGAGAGAGAGAGAGAGAGAGAGAGAGAGAGAGAGAGAGAGAGAGAGAGAGAGAGAGAGAGAGAGAGAGAGAGAGAGAGAGAGAGAGAGAGAGAGAGAGAGAGAGAGACAGAGAGAGAGAGAGAGAGAGAGAGAGAGAGACAGAGAGAGAGAGAGAGAGAGAGAGAGAGAGAGAGAGAGAGAGAGAGAGAGAGAGAGAGAGAGAGAGAGAGAGAGAGAGAGAGAGAGAGAGAGAGAGGAGAGAGAGAGAGAGAGAGAGACAGAGAGAGAGAGAGAGAGAGAGAGAGAGAGAGAGACAGAGAGAGAGAGAGAGAGAGAGAGAGAGAGAGAGAGAGAGAGAGAGAGAGAGAGAGACAGAGAGAGAGAGAGAGAGAGAGAGAGAGAGAGAGAGAGAGAGAGACAGAGAGAGAGAGAGAGAGAGAGAGAGAGAGAGAGAGAGAGAGAGAGAGAGAGAGAGAGAGAGAGAGAGAGAGAGAGAGAGAGAGAGAGAGAGAGAGAGAGAGAGAGAGAGAGAGAGAGAGAGAGAGAGAGAGAGAGAGAGAGAGAGAGAGAGAGAGAGAGAGAGAGAGAGAGAGAGAGAGAGAGAGAGAGAGACAGAGAGAGAGAGAGAGAGAGAGAGAGAGAGAGAGAGAGAGAGAGAGAGAGAGAGAGAGAGAGAGAGAGAGAGAGAGGAGAUAUCUGGGGUGAGAUCCCUUCAAGACACGCCCCUGAUGCGUAUGAGUCCAGGGAGAUAUGUGGGGUGAGAUCCCUUCAAGCCCCUGAUGCGUAUGAGUCCAGGGAGAUAUCUGGGGUGAGAUCCCUUCAAGCCCCCGAUGCGUAUGAGUCCAGGGAGAUAUCUGGGGUGAGAUCCCUUCAAGCCCCCGAUGCGUAUGAGUCCAGGGAGAUAUCUGGGGUGAGAUCCCUUCAAGCCCCUGAUGCGUAUGAGUCCAGGGAGAUAUCUGGGGUGAGAUCCCUUCAAGCCCCUGAUGCGUAUGAGUCCAGGGAGAUAUCUGGGGUGAGAUCCCUUCAAGCCCCUGAUGCGUAUGAGUCCAGGGAGAUAUCUGGGGUGAGAUCCCUUCAAGCCCCUGAUGUGUAUGAGUCCAGGGAGAUAUCUGGGGUGAGAUCCCUUCAAGCCCCUGAUGCGUAUGAGUCCAGGGAGAUAUCUGGGGUGAGAUCCCUUCAAGCCCCUGAUGCGUAUGAGUCCAGGGAGAUAUCUGGGGUGAGAUCCCUUCAAGCCCCUGAUGCGUAUGAGUCCAGGGAGAUAUCUGGGGUGAGAUCCCUUCAAGCCCCCUGA